AUGCACGCAGUGGUGAAACCAUGGCCAUUCCGGGGAUGGGCGAUGGAUAUCAUCGGGAAAAUUCACCCGCCAUCUUCCAGAUGCCAGUCGUUCAUAUUGGUGGCCACAGAUUAUUUCACAAAGUGGAUAGAAGCUGUGCCGUUGGCUAAUGUAACGUAUCAGGAGGUGAUCAAAUUCGUUAAAGAGCACAUUAUUCACCGAUAUGGAAUCCCGCAGACGAUCACCACCGAUCAAGGUACUGUUUUUACCAGCGAUAGAGUGGCCGCUUUCGCCGCACAGUAUGGGAUCGCUCUUUUGCAUUCGUCCCCGUAUUACGUGCAGGCUGUAGAAGAUAACCCGAGAAGAUGGCACGAAGUGUUAGGAGAGGCUUUAUGGGCUUGCAGGCAAUACCGAAAUAAAGCCACUGGUUACACCCCAUUCCAACUGGUUUACGGACAAGAAGCGAUAUUGCCGUUGGAAAUCACGGUGCCAUCGCUACGAGUGUUGAAGCAGAAUUCGCUUAGUCCCGAGCAGUACGAUGCAACGAUGUUACAAAGAUUGGAUGACGUACACGAGGAUCGGAUGAUGGCUCUGGAAAAUAUCAGGGCAAAUGAAGUGAAAGUGGCGCGAGCCUACAACAAGAAGAUACGUCGGCGAACAUUCCGAGAAGGAGAUUUGGUAUGGAAGGCGGUGCUACCUGAAGGAUUCAAAGACAAUACACUCGGGAAGUGGUCUCCUACGUGGGAAGGUCCGUACCAAGUAAGUAAAGUGCUGCCUAGCGGUGCUUAUAGAUUGAUGAGUAUUGACGGGAUAGAACAUAGAAACGUUAUCAACGUUAAGCACCUUAAAGGAUAUAUGUCACCACUCGAGUUCAGAUAA